CGUACAGCUGGCCGGAAGAAGAAGGAGACGACGACGACGAAGACGAAGAAGAAGAAGAGUAAGAGGCAACCCGGAAGUAAAUAAACUUCACAUGUUGUGCGUGUAAAAAUGUCCUCUGGAGCUUCAGUGAAGAGACCUAAUUCCAUGUCCACUCAGGUUGGGGAGAGAGUGGACUGGAAGAAGAGGAAAGCAGAAAUAAAUGAGGCUAAGAAGCAAAGGAAAGAGGCCAAGCUGAUCAAAGAGUUGGAUAAGCAGAAAGAAGAAGAGGCUUCAGAGAGGGAACAACUUGAACAAAGCCUAAGCAAAAAAGGUCGGGCUUACACAGUGAGCGUGGCCCUGCCGGGUUCUGUCCUGGAGAACGCUCAGUCCCCUGAACUUCGCACAUACCUGGCCGGACAGAUCGCCCGAGCCUGUGUCGUAUUCUGCGUCGAUGAGAUCGUCGUGUUUGAUGAACAAGGGGAAGAUGUCAAGAGCGUUGAAGGAGAAUUUAAAGGUGUCGGGAAGCGAGGACAUGCUUGCAUUCAGCUCGCCAGAAUACUUCAGUACCUGGAAUGUCCACAGUAUCUGCGCAAGUGUUUUUUCCCAAAGCAUCCAGAUUUACAGUAUGCAGGCUUGCUUAACCCCUUAGACAGUCCUCACCACAUGAGGAUAGACGAUGAAUCAGAUUAUCGGGAAGGAGUUGUGCUCGACAGGACGACAAAACCAGGAAGAGGCUCGCUAGUCAACUGUGGAAUGAGAAAGGAAGUUCGGAUUGAUAAACAGCUGAAAUCUGGGCUACGAGUCACAGUUCAGCUCAGUAAGACUCAGAAAAAUGAGAGCAAAGUCUAUAAAGGUACAGUAGUGGCUCCUCAUGUGCCCCGGACUGAAGGAGGUCUCUACUGGGGUUACAGUGUCCGCCUGGCGUCCUGCCUCAGUGCAGUUUUCACAGAGAGUCCAUACGAAAACGGAUACGAUGUGACCAUAGGCACAUCAGAAAAAGGCAGCAAUAUAGAUCAGACGACUUUGUCACCAUUCAAGCAUCUUCUGGUAGUUUUUGGAGGUCUUCAGGGACUGGAGGCCAGUGUGGACACUGACCAAAACCUGGAUGUGACUGACCCCAGUGUGUUAUUUGAUUUUUAUCUGAACACAUGUCCCAGUCAGGGCAGCAGGACCAUUCGCACAGAGGAGGCCAUCUUAGUCUCCAUGGCGGGGCUGAGACAGAAGAUCACAGCUGCCUUUUCAGAUGCAUCCAAUGGUUUGUUGAAGAGUUAGCGAUGAAGAAAAGUAAACAAAGACGGUAGUAGAUGCUGGUAGAUGUUAUCAUCUAUUCAGUUUCUACAAUUGGACCUUUUUAAGCACUGCAUACUGUUAAAACAUCACAUCACAUGCAUCAGUGCAGUCAGUGCUCUAUACCUAUCAUCAAAUUCCUCUUUCUUUUCAUCGUGAUUGUGUAAGUCUUGUUCCUGAAUGAGUCAAGAAAUGUACAUAUUUAAAUACAUGUUAUGUUCACAGA